GUUCUGAUGCUGUUCUUCAGUAACUCGGCUGCCUCUGCCUGCCUAUUCAGCACUUACCAGUUAACAAGAAGCUCUUUCUGGCUCCCAACUGAAGCUCUCUGAGGCCAGCAGCCGCUGUCGAUGUUCACCGAGUUCGGGCAGGCAGCCAAAUGAGCGGGAAUUGGGUGCACCUAGGCCAGAUCCUAUUUUGGGCUAUCUGGGUCCUUGCAGCCCCAACCAAGGGGCCUUCUGCUGAAGGGCCACAGAGGAACACCAGGCUGGGAUGGAUUCAGGGCAAGCAAGUCACCGUGCUGGGAAGCCCUGUGCCUGUGAACGUGUUCCUCGGAGUCCCCUUUGCUGCUCCCCCGCUGGGACCCCUGAGAUUUACGAACCCUCAGCCUGCAUCGCCCUGGGAUAACUUGCGAGAAGCCACCUCCUACCCUAAUUUGUGCCUCCAGAACUCAGAGUGGCUGCGCUUAGAUCAACACAUGCUCAAGGUGCAUUACCCCAAUAUUGGCGCGUCAGAAGACUGCCUGUACCUGAACAUCUAUGCGCCUGCCCACGCCGAUGCAGGCUCCAAGCUCCCCGUCUUGGUGUGGUUCCCAGGGGGUGCCUUCAAGACUGGCUCAGCCUCCAUCUUCGAUGGGUCCGCUCUGGCUGCCUAUGAGGACGUGCUGGUUGUGGUCAUCCAGUACCGGCUGGGAAUAUUUGGCUUCUUCACCACAUGGGAUCAGCACGUGCCGGGGAACUGGGCCUUCAAGGACCAGGUGGCUGCUCUGUCCUGGGUCCAGAAGAACAUCGAGUUCUUCGGUGGGGACCCCAGCUCUGUGACCAUCUUUGGCGAGUCUGCGGGAGCCAUAAGUGUUUCUAGCCUUCUGCAGGUGGUUGCACAUUUCUGUGGGAAGAAUGCAUCAGACUCUGAGGACCUGCUGAGGUGCCUGAGGACAAAAUCCUCCAAGGAGCUGCUGACCCUCAGCCAGAAAGCAAAGUCUUUCACUCGAGUGGUUGAUGGUGCUUUCUUUCCUAAUGAGCCUCUAGAUCUAUUGUCUCAGAAAGCAUUUAAAGCAAUUCCUUCCAUCAUCGGAGUCAAUAACCAUGAGUGUGGCUUCCUGCUGCCUAUGAAGGAGGCUCCUGAGAUCCUCAGUGGCUCCAACAAGUCCCUUGCCCUCCAUCUGAUACAAAACAUCCUGCACAUCCCGCCUCAGUAUUUGCACCUUGUGGCUAAUGAAUACUUCCAUGACAAGCACUCCCUGACUGAAAUCCGAGACGGUCUUCUGGACUUGCUUGGAGAUGUGUUCUUUGUGGUCCCUGCACUGAUUACAGCUCGAUAUCACCGAGAUGCUGGUGCACCUGUCUACUUCUAUGAGUUUCGGCACCGGCCCCAGUGCUUUGAAGACACGAAGCCAGCUUUUGUCAAAGCCGACCACGCUGAUGAAGUCCGCUUUGUGUUCGGUGGUGCCUUCCUGAAGGGUGACAUUGUUAUGUUCGAAGGAGCCACGGAGGAGGAGAAGUUGCUGAGCCGGAAGAUGAUGAAAUACUGGGCUACCUUUGCUCGAACUGGGAAUCCCAAUGGGGACGACUUGCCUCUGUGGCCAGCCUAUAAUCUGACCGAGCAGUACCUGCAGCUGGACUUGAACAUGAGCCUCGGACAGAGACUCAAAGAACCGCGGGUGGAGUUUUGGACCAGCACCAUCCCCCUGAUCCUGUCUGCCUCCGACACGCUCCGCAUUCCUCUUUCCUCCUUAAUUUUCCUCUCUCUCCUCCAGCCUUUCUUUUUCUCUUGUGUUCCUUGGGAAGUUAUCUUUCCAUGAUUUUGGUUUUCCUUCUCCUCCUACAAUUUUUCCCCGCAAUCAUUAGCUUCUUUCCAAGUUCAGCUGCUUUCUAUGGAGAUCUUUGCAGAACAAGCUGCUUUCGAUGAUAUUUUAUGGACUUAGGAAUGAUCCUUAUGGAAUUCUUUUCAACAUCAAAAAGUGCAAUUUGUCUUGGAAGGCAACACGAUUUCUUCAAUAAAUUUGGAAAAGAACUGAC